GUAAAUAGCCAUUUCUAAACAUUAGAUAACCUAUAGUGUUUCUUCAUAAACAUAUUUAUUUAUUUUUUUGAACAAAAAUAACCCAGCCUCAAACCAACUUUAUAUUCUUAAGGGGACGAAUAUUAACAACAUAAUACUUUCCCCCUUUUUUUUUUCUAAUCAUUGACAACUUAAGUCAUCAUCAUCAUCAUUAGCAUUAUUCAAUAAUUUUUUUUUUCUCUAAAAAAGAAAGAAAAGAGAUUACUACAUUAGUCGUAAUUCAACUUAUAAGAUGCAAAGAAGACGUUCCCUAGAGGGUGACAAUACUAUUUCAACAAAACAGAGUAUUAAUAAUGGACCAACUCCGAUUUCAUCUCUAUCUACACAAAUUAUUCCUUAUCCAAGAGGUGGUAGACGAAUUGGACAAACUACAACUACAACAACAACGUUUGCUGAUGAUACAAAUAUAAUAUUGAGAAGAAGUAAUUCAAAUGAACGUCAUCAAUAUCAUUUAUCUGAAGAUCAAUUACCAAAGAAAAGACAUUUAUUUAGAUUUGGAAAGAAAAAACAUUACAAUUCACCUUCUAUCAAUACUGCUUCAGUUGCAAUAACAGCAAAAAAAAAGUUAAAUGAUAAUAAACUGAUAUUAUUGGAUCACGCACUUCAUACGACUACUGCUGCCACCGAAAUUCAAAAGAGAUAUUACCAACAACAAAAUGAGAAGAAAAAGAUAAUCAAGACAAAGAAUAGUAACACAAAUGGAAAGAAUCCAUUAUUAAAAUUGGAUCAGGAUUUUGAUAAAAUGGAUGGCAUCAUCAAUAGAGAUUAUUAUAAAAGAUCACCUGCACCUUCUUUAAUUGGAACAAAUAAUCAAACAGAGGAUACUAGCUAUGAGUUAUUAGAAUCUUGGGCUCCUCCAGAUAGUUGGGGAGUUCAACCGGCUUCUAUUAUGUCUAUUUCAGCUAGUUUAAUGGAUGAAGAUAAUAUGGAUUUUGAUGACUAUCCUAUUCAUGUUCAAGACAAAUGGAAUAUACCUAAAAAAAAUGCUAAUAUCAAGAUUUAUCGUCCAGAUCAAACUUAUAAUACCCUUCAUAUCCCUCUUAAUACCACUACAUUUGAAAUUUUGAAAAAACUAGCUACUAAAUUCUUUAUGUCGGAUAUGUCAAAAUAUAAUCUGGUUAUCAAAAGAUAUAAUAUAGAUAGAGUAUUAGGCUUGACUGAACGUCCGCUUCAAAUUCAAAAAAUAUUACAAGAACAAAUGGGUUACAUGGAGGAGGAUACCAUUGAGGAUUGUAGUUAUUUAGUUCGCUUUCAAAUGAUGCCUAAUAUGACUCAACCUAUUUCUCAAGAUGAUAAUACAAAAGAUUUAGGUCAAUAUAUUGAUCUUCAAUCAAGGUCUUUAGCUACUAUCCCUAUUUAUCUUUAUCAGCAAGCUUUACAUAUCAUUUCAUUAAAUGUAUCAAGAAACCUUCUUAUUGAGUUACCUUUAGACUUUAUUCAGAUGUGUACAGGUUUAAGACAACUUUGGUUGGCUAAUAAUGAAUAUACUACUUUACCCCAUUCUAUUCGAUCUAUUUCAUCUUUGGAGCAUUUAAAUAUUUCUGGUAAUCGACUACAUGAUUUGGAUCAUGCUCAUCUUCACGAAUUAAAGGACCUUCGUGUUUUACGUGCUAUUAAUAACCAAUUAGAAACAUUACCCAAUACAUUUGCUAUUUCAUUUCAGUAUCUGUCAACUUUAUUUAUUUCUAAUAAUUCUUUUACAAGGUUUCCUUUAGUAGUUUGUGAAUUGACUAGUUUAGCUUACCUUGAUAUCAGUUUCAAUAAAAUUCAAGCUUUCCCUGAAGAAAUAGGUCAACUAACAAACCUUGUUGGCCUUUUUGCUAUCGCUAAUCGUAUUACAGGCGCCCUUCCAUCAUCCUUUAUACGACUUAAAAAGCUUCAGGAAUUAGAUAUUCGUCAAAACUUAAUAACUAAUCUUGACGUUAUCUCACAUUUACCUAAACUUGAAGUACUACUGGUAGAUUAUAAUUCAACUAGUAUAGUUAAUUUUGAAAUCGGAAGCUUAAAACAGCUCAAAAUGUACAAAAAUCAUUUGACUCAAUUCAAUCUGACUUGUACCUCAAUCGCUUGUCUCUCCGAAUUGAAUUUAUCAUGUUGUAAAUUAUCAAGUUUACCUGAAAGUGUAUUCUAUAAUACACAAAAUUUAGAACGUCUGAUCUUGGAUAGUAACACACUCAAUUCUCUUCCUUCAAGUAUUGGUGUCUUAAAAAGACUACUAAAGCUGUCUGUUCAAAAUAAUAAUCUUGAUACAUUGCCAAGUGAAAUUGGUGAACUAAUUGAACUUAGAGCACUGGAUGCUCAAAAAAAUAAUUUAAAAUCCCUUCCAAAAGAGAUUUGGCUCUGUGCUUCUUUACAAACCUUGAAUUGCUCUUCUAAUCUAAUCGAAUCUUUUCCUAAACCUUUAACUCCUACAGUAUCAUCAAAAGAUUCUAAUCCUAAACUUAUUAAUCCAAUCAUACGAAAUGAUAAUACAGCAGUAGAUAGUGAUAAUAGAAAUAAUUUAGAUGUAGAGAUAGCUUCUACAACUGAUAAUGACACUACAUUAUCGCUUUUCAAUACUACUACUAAUGCAAUAAACACAGAUCAGCUUGGUAUUGCUAAAUAUCUAGAUCGUUUGUUAGACUCUAGUCCUCUUCACCUUCCACCACCACCACCAACACCCAUCUUUAAUCAUUCAAAUUUUAACUCUGUUUUAAAUCUUUCAUCUUCUGCAUCCUCUUCAGCUGCUGUUUCACCACUGACACCUAAUAAUAAUAAUAAUAAUAGUAACAUGCAUCCUAUAAAAAUUAAUAAUCAUGGUUCCUUCUUUGGUCAAGUCUCUCGAGCCAAUAUACCUGAUCUUUUUCAUUCUUCUACAGUAUCAUUCCUACAAAAUCAAUUUUCCUCUUCCUCAUCUCCUUCUCUCUCUAUCGCUCCUUAUUCUCUUUCAACAACCGCAGUGACAUCGCCAGAUCCUAGUUUUAACCCACCCAGUUUUUUCGCAAGUCCUCGUAAUCAUCCACCUCCAUUGUCAUUGUCGUUACGCCAAUUAUUUUUAGGUGAUAAUCGUUUGACAGAUGACGUUUGGUCACCUCUUUCCUUGUUCCUAGAGCUACGCACUCUUAAUCUAUCAUUUAAUGACCUCUACGAGAUACCCUCUGGAGGUCUCUGUCAUCAACAUCUCUAUGAAUUAUAUCUAUCAGGUAAUCAACUCACAUCUCUACCUGCUGAUGACAUCGAAAGACUUCAAUACUUACGUGUCCUUGCUAUCAAUGGUAAUAAACUCCAAACAUUACCUGCUGAGAUUGGUAAACUUCGUAAGCUUCUUGUCCUAGAUGUAGGAAACAACGUCUUGAAAUACAAUAUUGCUAAUUGGCCUUACGAUUGGAAUUGGAACUGGAAUCUAGGACUCAAGUAUUUAAAUCUAUCUGGUAAUAAACGACUAGAGAUUCAAAAGAAGACACACCUAGAUGAUACCACAGCAAAUAAUCACCUUUAUCAUCAUCCCCUCAACACGAUGAGAGAUAAGGAUCUUUCAGACUUUAGUGCCUUAACACGGUUACGCUUAUUAGGUUUGAUGGAUAUCACAAUCUUAGGUGUCUCAGUCCCUGAAGAAUUUCAUGAUCGACGUGUACGUACUUCACCUUCUGAAGUCAAUAGUAUGCCCUAUGGUGUAGCAGACUGGUUGGGUCCUAGCGACCAUCUCUCUACCUGGGAUCUAGUCAUGCCUCGUUUCCGUGGCAAAGAGGAUGAAUGUAUCUUUGCCCUCUUUGACGGCUCCAAGCAUCCAAAGAGUGGGUGUCAGCUUACGAAAUAUUUGAAUGAUACCUUUGUUGCUCAAUUCACAAAGGAACUGAGCUCUAUCAAGAGUGAUGAUACGAUCGUGUCUGCUAUUCGUCGUGCCUUUUUAGGACUUGAACAGAAUUUAGGAGCCCAAGGGUUUGAUAAAGAUGCAGGUGCCUCUGCAGUUGUCUGUUAUAUUGCGGGUACUAAACUUUAUGUUGCUAACGUUGGAGACACCCUGGCUGUUAUCUCUCGUAAUAAUGGUCAAGCCUAUGAGAUUACUCAAAAACAUAUCCCCUUGAACCCAAGUGAAGUCUCACGCAUUCGUGCCGCUGGUGGUUAUGUCUCUAACUCUGGGCUUCUUAAUAAUGAGCUCAAUGUAUCACGUAGCUUUGGCCAUUUCCAUUUAAUACCUGUAGUGAACUGUAACCCUUAUGUAUCUACAAUGGAUUUAGCAGAGACAGAUGAAUUUGUCAUCAUCGCAUCUCGUGGACUUUGGGAUAAGAUGACCUAUCAAACAGCAGUCGAUAUUGCACGUACGGAGAAGGAUGAUUUAAUGGUGGCUGCUCAAAAACUACGUGACUUUGCCAUUACCUAUGGUGCAGUAGAUAACUUGAUGGUCAUGAUCAUUGGUGUUGGUAAUUUAUUUGAUAAACGUGGACAACGACAGCGAUACUUUAAUACAAAUCGGUAUAAUAAUCGUGGAAAUAAUUUAUUGAUGAUGGGUCAAGGACGUAGUGGAUCUAAUAGUUUAGCAGAGGAUGGACUCUUGGUAAAGAGUAACAAUAAACGAAGAGGAAAAGAAGAAUUGCCAGGUGACUCUACAUUGGCUCGGUUAGAAAGAGAAGUUGCACCACCUGUCAGUCAACUUGCUUUGGUCUUCACAGAUAUCAAAGGUUCUACACAGUUAUGGGAGACACAACCACAAAACAUGCGAGCAGCAAUUAAGAUUCAUGAUGCUAUCAUGCGUCGUACAUUACGUAGUGUAGGUGGAUAUGAGGUCAAGACAGAAGGGGAUGCCUUUAUGGUCUGUUUUAAGAAUAUCACAGCAGCUUUAUUAUGGUGUUUUACAGUUCAACUUCAAUUAUUGGAGGCAGAUUGGCCAACAGGUAUCCUUGAUACAGAGGAAGGACGUGAAAUUGAAAAAGAUGGAGUUAUAAUCUAUAGAGGACUCUCAGUACGUAUGGGUAUUCAUUGGGGCGCUCCUGUCUCUGAACGAAAUCCGAUUACUCAACGUAUGGAUUAUUUUGGACCUGUGGUAAAUAAAGCAAGUCGAAUUUGUAAUGCUGCAGAUGGUGGACAAAUUUGCGUCUCCUCUGAUGUUAUUGCUGCCUUACGUAGUUUUUCAAGCAUGUUUGAUGAAGACGAACAAAAUAACAAUAGUAGUAUGAAUGAAAAGGAGGGGCACCUUAAAGCCUAUAUGAAUUUUGAUACCUCCUAUACAACAGAGAAUAACAACAAUAUAGAUGCCUUCCCUAUUAGUCGUGACUUAUUACAGUUAAAACAAUUGGGAUUUCAUGUGGUAGAAUUAGGUGAAAGACGUUUAAAGGGAUUAGAGACACCUGAAACUCUAAGCUUAGUUUAUUCUAAACAAUUGUUGGGUCGUAUUGAGAUUAACAAAGGCCAAAUGAUGUCUACGAAUGAAAAUGACAAACUACCUUCCUCUGAUACGCCCACAAAUCUCAUGUCCCUUCCUUCUUCUCUCGAGGCCUCUCCUUCUCUUGUAUCCAGAAGUACAACAGCGCCUGUUGCUUUAGAUUCAACAAAUACAACUCCUAAUGAUUAUUUGACUGCAAAACCUCUGUUAUUAACGAAUGAACUCAUACCAAAACUAAAGAAGAAGAAGAAGGCAAUGAAAACGAUUGAUCCAAACCUUGUAUGUGCAAUAAGUAACCUUGCUAUUCGUCUGGAACGUUUAACAUCAGGUAAUAUUCUAUCUCAACAUAUGGCAGGAAGCACAAUUCAACGACACUAUGUCCUAAAUGAUGCUGAAGGGGAGAACCAUCAUACGAUUAGUACAGCUUCUUCAGGGCUUGGAUUAAUGCUUGAUCGACAUAUACGUGAAGAUGCAACAGAUGAAGAGUUGAUCAUUUUAAUGGAAAACUGUGUUACUCGUGUUGAGAAUGCAGUGUCUACUCUGUAUUUACAGAAAAUGGAUAACUUUGCUAAUGUAUUCGAAAAACUUGCAGAAGUAAUUGAUACUGAUCCUUCAUAUAUUGUUAAAGCACUACAAAUGUAUGCUGAAGCUAUCACAUCAAUAUGAAUGUUCGUCAUCCACAUAUAAUAUUAUUUUUGUUCAUACAUUCUUACUAAUAUAUCAUAAACAAAUACAAGCAUUCUUUUACUCUGAC